CUCGUUUUCAUUUGUUUGUAAAAUACUGUCUAUCAAGAAUCUCUGGUGUUUAACCUUAAUCCCGGCAAAAUGUUUGUACAGUUUUCGCAUUCAGACACCAGCUGUCUACGCAUAUUCAGUUCCACAACCACGCCGCCAAACGUCGGAAUUUCUGUCACUCCACCACCCCAGAAAUCCAGCGACACAGUAAAAAAGAAGCUGAAGCGGCAAGUUCUCGAGUGCCCCGGCUUGUUAAGAAAAAAUAGAUUUGUCAAAGGUCCUCGUGGCAGAAUCGAGAGAAACCUCGAUUUCGGGGGUUGUUCUGGAACUCAAGGUGGCCUCUUUUAUGAUAGAAAUGUGGUUCCCGAGAAAGAAGAAGAGAUUCUGGAGAAUUCGGAUAGUAAGGUGGGAAAAAAUGGGAGCUUUGAUGUGCUUUCGGUGCCGGAAAAUAGGGUUAAUGAGGAAUUGCUAGCUCGUAAUUCGCUGGCGGAAGAUGCGAAAAAUAGGGUUUAUAGGAAAGUAAAGGGAAAUUACAGUAAAAAUGGCCAAGGAAUUAGGCGGGACGAAGGGAUGCAGACCAAGUGUUCGACGAAAUGGGGGAGGUACGGAGGGAGCAUUCCCGCCAUGUUGGAGGCUUUGGAGAGGAUAAGCGACUUGGAUGAGGCGCUGAAGCCGUGGGAGACGACGCUGACGAACAAGGAGAGGAGCAUACUACUGAAGGAACAGCUGGGGUGGGAGAGGGCAAUGGAGAUUUUCGAGUGGUUCAAGAGGAAAGGGUGUCAUGAAGUGAAUGUCAUUCACUACAACAUAAUGCUUCGCCUUCUUGGGAAAGCGCGGCAGUGGAGUGAGAUCGAGAGGCUGUGGGAUGAGAUGGCGAAGAAUGGGGUUGAGCCCAUAAACUCCACCUAUGGAACUCUGAUUGAUGUGUACAGCAAAGGAGGGCGUAGGGACGUGGCGAUGAAGUGGUUGGAGAUGAUGAUCAUGCGUAGAAUGGAGCCGGAUGAGGUCACCAUGGGGAUUGUGGUGCAGAUGUAUAAGAAAGCAGGGGAUUUCGCGGCUGCUGAGGAGUUCUUCAAGAAGUGGUCGCGUGGUAACUCUGUGUUGGAGGGGCGUAGAGGUGGUGUAUGGAAGAGUAAAACGGAUGCUACUGUUGGUUCUUAUACGUACAAUACGCUGAUUGAUACAUAUGGAAAAGCAGGAAAACUCGAUGAAGCAAGUAAGACGUUCAACGAGAUGGUGCAGAAAGGUAUAUCUCCUAACACGGUGACUUUUAACACUAUGAUUCACAUGUAUGGUAACAAUGGUCAGCUUGAUGAGGUUGCUGCCCUAAUUGGGAGAAUGGAGAGUGCUAAAUGUUGUCCCGAUACACGAACUUAUAAUAUUCUCAUAUCACUUCAUGCUAAGCACAAUGACAUAGAAUCUGCAGCAAGAUACUGGAAGAAGAUGAAGGCAGCUUCUCUUGAGCCCGAUGCUGUCAGCUAUCGGACUCUUUUGUAUGCCUACGCAAUUAGGCAUAUGGUUCAUGAGGCAGAGGGGCUGGUUUCAGAGAUGGAUGAGAGAGGAUUGAAGAUUGAUGAGUUCACUCAAUCUUCCUUGACAAGAAUGUAUAUAGAAGCUGGCUUGCUGGAGGAGUCGUGGUCGUGGUUUCAGAGGUUUCACCGUGGAGGGGGAAUGACUUCCGAGUGCUAUUCUGCCAACAUUGAUGCUUUUGGUGAGAGAGGGUAUGUUUCACUAGCUGAGAAAGUGUUUGAUUGUUGUGUGCAAGUUCAAAAAUUGACUGUUAUCGAGUUUAAUGUGAUGAUCAAAGCAUAUGGUAUCGGGGGGAAAUUCGAGCAGGCUUGCUGCUUGUUUGAUAGCAUGGGGAAACAUGGGUUGGUUGCUGAUAGAUGUGGGUAUAAUUCUCUUGUGCAAAUGCUUGCUAGCGCGGAUUUGCCAGAAACCGCGAUAGUUUAUCUUAGAAGAAUGCAGGAGGCAGGGCUUGUGAUUGAUUGUGUCCCAUAUUGUGCAGUCAUCUCUAGUUAUGCAAAGUUAGGUCGUGUAGACAAGGCUGUUGAGUUAUACGAGGACAUGAUCUCUCACAACGUGAAGCCUGAUAUAAUCGUGUAUGGAGUCCUUAUAAAUGCGUUUGCAGACACUGGGAAUGUGGAAGAGGCGACAUUUUAUGUCCGUGCCAUGCGAAACAUAGGAUUGUCGAUGAAUCAGGUCAUAUGCACGUCGUUGAUCAAGCUGUACACGAAGGUGGGGUACUUGAGAGAAGCGGAGGAGGUGUACAGGACGCUCCAGUCGUUAGAGGCGGGGCUUGAUGUCUACUCCUUGAACUGCAUGAUCGAUCUCUACAGUGAGCGUUCGAUGGUGGCAGAGGCGGAGGAGAUAUUCGAGAGGUUGAAGCAAAAUGGGGAGGCGAAUGAGUUCACACAUGCUAUGAUGCUGUCCAUGUAUAAAAGGAAUGGGAGAUUCGUGGAAGCUUUUUGGAUUGCAAGAAAGAUGAGAGAAUUAGGGCUGAUGACAAGGCUGCUUACCUAUAAUCUUGUGCUUGGAUUCUAUGCUUCUGAUGGGAGGUAUAAGGAGGCGGUAGCUACCUUCCGCGAGAUGCUCGAAUCCCAUAUCGUGCCAGAUGACUCCACGUUCAAGUCGCUUGGGAUCAUUCUCUUGAAAUGUGGAGUUCCGAAAAGCGCUGUGGACAAGCUCGAGCAGACGAGGAAGAGGGACACCGCGGCUGGUCUGCAGACGUGGGCUGCGACCAUUUCCUCCGUCGUUAACAUGGAUGACAACGAUGAUGAUUUUAGUGAAGACGAAGUUUAGUUCGUGCACAAAAGAGUAGUUGGAAUCCUGAUAUGAAUUCGUGUGUAUGGUAUAAGGAUCCGUGUGCACAAAAGAGUAGUUCGAAGUCUCGCCCUUCAGGUUGGUGGUUCGAGGAAGAUGGCCUCUUUAAUCUUCUUGAUGAAGGGCGGGCAGAAAAGCAGCAGUGUGCUGUAGCUGCUUCAAAUAAUUAGGAACUUUUCUUUUAUGGCUGAGAAUGAACUUGCAAUGGGCCAGAAUCGUCACUGUCUUGAAACAAUGUUCCAGUGUUUGGAAGAUUAUGUUACAGAGGAUGAAGAACUCGUCACAAAUGCCCUUGAGAGAAUCAUGAAUAUGGGCUCAUUGCUAGACCUUCAGAUAUUUAGCUCAUCAAAGCCUCCGUCCAUCAAAAUGACAGCAGAAUAACAAAAGGAUAGUUAUGGCUCCUCAAAGUGGAUUAAAGAGUGAGUUGAGAUGGGCAUUGAAUGCUCUCACAUUGCUUUCGUUCAAAGAGAAAGAUGAAGUCAGAAAAGAUGCAACUCCUCUUACCCGGAUUCAUGGAUUGCUUGAUGCUCUACUUCAAGUUGUAUGUAGUAAUUUCUGCAUAUAUAUGUAUCUGUUUCUGUGCAUUGAGCUUACAUGCUGGCGAUGCUCAACCUGGCAGAAGUCAACAAGGACUGUCGGCUGAAACUAGCUAGUGAGAGAUGGUUGGAUGCAAUUCAUCAAAUCUGCUAAAAUUCUUCGUGGUGUCUAAAUAAUUCCCACGUUAUUUGUGCUUGGAUUUUAUGCUUGAGAUGCUCGAAUCCCGUUUGUGCCCGAUGAGAUCAUUCUCAGGGACACCGCAAUGACGAUGAUGAUGAUUUUAUUCUUUUUGAUAAAUUAUAUAAGUAAAUAAAGAAAUUUGAUGACCACGCAAUGGAGGAUUCGAACCCAGGACCUCAAGUCUUGGGCAAUAACUUCUUACCGCUAGGCCAAUACACGCACGCAACGACGAUGAUGAUUUUAGCGAAGAUGAAGUUUAGUUUGUGCUUCCCAGAGUGAAAUAGAGUAGCAUAUAUUCAUGUACAUAUCCAUUUUCUUGUUUGCUCUACAUUGGAUAUUGUGGUGAAAUGAAGAUCAUGUGUAAUUCUUAAUC